UUCAGAGAUUUUUCCUUGCAAUUACUUUCAUUGUAUUUUCUAUGUGCAAGUGUGAUUAAGAAUCCCCCAGAACAACAGAGUGAGAGAAGAGAGGACUCACUAUGAAUUUAAGAUCAGCAGCAAGAGGAUUUCUAUUUUUCCUUCUGUCAGUACCAGUGCUUCAGGGUAAGGAUGAAUGGACGGUUACUUACUCAUCUAGUAAUGUCUGUGCUUUAAGAGGAGCAACGGUUGACAUCAACUGCACUUAUGAAUACCCUGACAACGUACAGUACCGCCCUGACACAGUCACCACACAGUGGUUCACUAAAGCAUCAAACUAUCAGCCAGUUGAUCUGGAACACGAUACAGACUAUACAGGUCGUGUUGAAUCCAGCUGUGGAGAGGUCAACUGUACCGGGGCCAGAUGUCAUGGAACAUGUACCCUGAGAAUCAGAGACCUGAGACAGAGUGACUCUGAUGUCUACAAGUUUAGGUUCACAACAAACCAACCAGGUGGGGAAUAUACUGGUGACCCUGGAGUGAAGUUAUCUGUAACAGACCCAGACCUCCAGGUGAAAGUCUCCUUUCCUUACCCUACCAGUCCUACCAAGGCAAAGCUGGAGUGUCACAGCAUGUGUGGUCUAGCUGGUGACCCUCGCUACAUCUGGUUCAGAAAUGGACAGAAUGUACUACAGGGAAUGAACUACUGGAUCUACAUUCAGUCUGGAUACAGCUAUUCAUGUGCUGUUGAAGGAUAUGAACAUCAACACUCUCCUUUAGUGUAUGCUCCAAAGACCCCCUCAGUGACCGUGAGUCCCUCUGGUGAAAUAGAGGAGGGCAGUUCAGUGACUCUGAGCUGCAGCAGUGAUGCCAACCCAGCAGCUACCUACACCUGGUUCAAGGUUAAUAGAGAUGGUUCCUCCAGGUACAUGAACCAGGGACAACAGCUCAUCUUUAGGCGGAUCCUAUCUUCCGACUCUGGACGAUAUCGCUAUGGGCCUAAACACGUAUAUAUUAAUUCAAGUCCCUCUGGUGAAAUAGAGGAGGGCAGUUCAGUGACUCUGAGCUGCAGCAGUGAUGCCAACCCAGCAGCUGAGUACACCUGGUUCAAGAACAACCAAUCUCUGCUCUGGGAACCAAAUCAACCUCAUACCUUCCCCUCAAUCCGCCCUGAAGACAGAGGAACGUACCGCUGUCACGCAGGGAACCAAUAUGGACAUUUGAGCUCUAACUCGAUAUUCAUGGAUGUCCAGUACGCUCCAAGGACCCCCUCAGUGACCGUGAGUCCCUCUGGUGAAAUAGAGGAGGGCAGUUCAGUGACUCUGAGCUGCAGCAGUGAUGCCAACCCAGCAGCUAACUACACCUGGUUCAAGAACAACCAACCUCUGCCCUGGGGACCAAGUCAACCUCAUACCUUCCCCUCAGUCCGCCCUGAAGACAGAGGAACGUACCGCUGUCACGCAGAGAACAAAUACGGACAACUGAGCUCUAACUUGCUAUUCAUUAAUGUCCAGUGUGAGUUGAAUAUCGGACUAAUAUGUUAA